AUGUCGACGCCCCAAACUUAUACGGUACCAAAUCUGUUGGCCGGCUGGCCUUUUAAAGCUACUCCCAACCCCCAUGCCGCGGAGAUUAACGCUGAAAGCACUGCUUGGGUCGCAAGCUAUGGUGCGUUCAGUGCCAAAGAUCAAGCCACUUUUGAUCGAUGGAAUUUCGGGGCCUUUGCUGCCCUGGCGUAUUCGAAAGCUGACCGUGCCCAAUACCGCGCUGGCGUGGACUUGAUCAAUUUCUACUUUGUCUUCGAUGAGCUGAGCGACCAGGCGGAUGGCCCCACAGUACGCAAGCAAGCUGAUGCCAUCAUGAACUCACUAAACGAUCCUUACACUUCUCCUCCUCCUCAUGAACACAUCCUUGGCAUCAUGGCACGAGAUUUCUGGAUCCGAGCCCUUGAGGAAGCCCACACUAGUCCAUCGACCGCAAAGCGUUUCACGGAGACUUUUGCGGAAUACACAGAUGCCGUUGUUCAACAAGCCGAAGAUCGUGACCUCGGACGGAUCCGUCCUAUCGAAGAGUAUCUCGUUAUGCGACGCGGAACUGUUGGCGUUCGGCCUUCACUGGAGUUCUUCCUUCUCUCUGAGGAUGUGCCGGAUGAAGCUAUACGGCAUCCGCAGGUGGAAAAGCUGGUUUUGGGCGUCAUUGACAUGUGCAUUCUUGCGAAUGACAUCUACUCUUUCAACGUCGAGCAGUCUUAUGGCGACAAAAACCACAAUAUCGUAUCCGUUACAAUGGCCGAAAAGGGGAUGACAGUUCAGCAGGCCGUUGAUUGCAUCGCCGAACGUUACACGCAGGUAUCGAAAGAGUUUCUGGAGGAUAUGAAACGCGUUCCGGUAUUUCCUGAGCCAACUGAGACAUACGUGCGGAAGUAUGUCCUUGGCAUGGCAUAUUGGGUAUGCACGGAUGAUGACUGGUCGUUCAUCACUCCUCGCUACUUUGGUGAAGCUGCUGCCGAAGUUCAGGUUCAUCGGGUCGUUCAGCUUCUUUCAAAGCGCAGCUAAGACAGGCAUGGUCCUGUGGUAUAGGUGCUCGCGCUGUCUAGUUAC